AUGAUCGGUCAGGAAGCAGGCAGUGAUGAGGAGGUGAAGAGUUUACACAUGGAGACGUUAAGGACUGCAGAUGCUGGAGGCCACGCGAAGAUGAUGCCGCUGCAGAGGAAGGUCCUGCUGUGGGUGCUCUGUGGCCUCCUGGCCAAUCUGGCCGUCUUCUGGGCCCUGCGGGGCAGAGGUUGGCACCACCGUCGGCCCUGGUGGCGGCCGUGGGACAGGGAGCCCGCCCAGGAGUCGCAGGGCGCUUUCUGGAGGCCCGGGUGCUCUCUCGAGUCGCUGUGGAACCGGGAGCAGAGGGAGAUGUGGCGGGAGGCCAGGGCGUCGAGCGGGCCCCGGCCUGGCGGCAGGGGGCGGAGGUGCCAGGCUGAUGCCGCGGUGGCGGGGACCUUCGCCGACUUCCAGCUCCUGCCUCGGCAGAUGCAGGAGUUCCUCCUGUACCGUCGCUGCCGCCGGUACCCGCUCGUGCUGGAGCCCCGAGGCCUCUGCCGAGGCCCGGGCCGGGUCAGGCUGCUCCUGGCCGUCAAGAGCCAGGCCUCGAGCUUCGACCGCCGUCAGGCCAUCCGCCAGACGUGGGGGGCCUGGGGCGGCUCAGCGGUGCGCCUCGUGUUCCUGCUGGGCCUGCAGCGGCAGCCCGAGUUGUCGGGCCUGUUGGGCUGUGAGAGCCGUCGCCACGGGGACCUGCUGCAGUGGGCCUUCCUCGACACCUUCUUCAACCUGACCCUCAAGGAGGUUCUCUUCCUGGCCUGGCUGGGGCGCCAGUGCCCGGGGGCCCACUUCGUCUUCAAAGGGGACGACGACACCUUUGUGAACACCGAGGGCCUCCUGAGCCUCCUGUCAGGCCUAGGCCCGGCUGAGAGCCGCGAGCUCUUCAUCGGCGACCUCAUCCUGGGCGCCCGGCCGUGCCGCGACCCGGCCCUCAAGUACUACGUGCCAGGCGCUUUCUACAACGGCCUGUACCCGCCCUACGCAGGCGGCGCCGGGGUCCUUUACUCGGGCCGGCUGGCCAGGCGCCUGGCGCGCAUCUCCCGCUCCGUGCCCCUCUUCCCCAUCGACGACGUCUACGCCGGAAUGUGCCUGGCGCGCCUGGGCGUCCUGCCGCGCCACCACCCAGGCUUCUGCAGCUUCGGCCUGGGCCCCAACGUCACCGACCCUUGGGACCCAUGCGUCUACCAGCGCCUCUUCGUGGUGCACCGUCGCGGGCCGCAGGAGAUCAUGCGCCUCUGGAGGCUCCUGCAGCAGGCCAACGUCAGCUGCCGGGCCAGGCCUUCGGACCUGGGCCUAGAGUGGCCUGUCAGGGGCUGCGGUUAG